CUUUCCCUCACUGCCCACCUACCCUUCUGCAGUGGGAGAAUCCAUUGAUUGAGAAGGUACACUGAAGCAGAGCAGAAAGAGAGAGAGAGAGAGAAUCUCUGAUCAAUAGUUGUUGCUAACUGAAUUCCCUUUUAGCAUUCUGCAUUAGUGCCUGAGUUUCUUGUAGUUUUCAUUAUGUGUUUUCUCAUGCUGUUCUGUCAUCUAUCCCCAAAAUAUGAUUGAUAAUUUUAUAAUUUUAUGUAAAAUCCCAUCAUAAUGCCAAAGCACAAGUUUGAUGAAUGCAUUGCCAGUGACAGUAAAGGAGCAGACUCCGAGGACUGCUGUUUGGACAGCUUUCCCAGCAGUAGUGAUGUUGACAAGGAUGAUACAAGUAACAGCAGCCUCAAGUCUGAUGAAUUCAGUUCUGAAGUUCCUACACAUAACUCAAACCCUGUCUUAGAAGAUACCUCUGACAGCGAUGAGCCACCCAAGAAACGAACGAAAAAGAAAAAUGUUUGCUUUGCAAAUGUUACUGUCUAUUAUUUCCCACGAACUCAAGGCUUCACUUGUGUUCCAAGUCAAGGUGGAUCCACUCUGGGAAUGGAUCAAAAACAUAGCCAAAUGAGAAUGUUCUCGAUUCUGGAACAUGCUGAGGAACAGAAGAGAGUGCAUCGAGAGUUGAUAAAUCACCAACGACGUUUGGCAAAGUACCAGUCAUCUACUUCUGAUUCUGAUGACAGCGAAGACAUCAGUGAUGUUUCAGAUUCUGAACUUGAAGCUGACAGUUGCUAUUUUCUGCAACCUGUAUCUAUUCGCCAAAGAAGAGCUCUUUUACGUGCAUCUGGAGUACAAAAGAUUGAUUCCUUUGAAAAGGAAGAAUGUCGCGAUAUACGAUCUUCACGUGAAUUCUGUGGUUGUGAGUGCAAGAUAUAUUGUGAUCCUGAUACUUGCUCUUGUAGUCAGGCAGGCAUAAAGUGCCAAGUAGACCGAUUCUCUUUUCCGUGUGGGUGCAGUCGAGAUGGAUGUGGGAACAUUGCUGGCCGAAUUGAAUUCAACCCACUUCGUGUUCGUACUCACUUCAUUCACACUCUAAUGAGGUUGGAGCUAGAAAAGAAACAGGAGCAACAGCAGUUGGCAGCUAAGGCAGGAGCAAAUAACUUUUCUGUCUCAUCUCUAUCAUCAUGUGAUUCAUGCAGCUCAUUGUCUAAUCCCUCUACUGCAUUUACAUCAUGUGUUCCAUCGCCAUCAUAUCUGUCGAUGACUUCUACCUCUUCCAUUGAGAGCAACAGUUGCAUUGUCAACAGUCCUUUGAAAGAACAGGUUUCUGCAUUUAUGGCCAUAAGCGAAUCAGAGAAAAAGACUUCUAGUGAUAUGUAUGCAUCCCCUUUUAGUCCUCCAGAAAGUUCUUAUUCUGAAAACUCUGAUUAUUCCAGUGAUGACUUAGACUCUGAUUUGGAGACAUCUUUGACCACCUCCACGCUUCCGCGGACUCGACCAUCCUUGACAGAUGGUGUUGCACAAACAAAUGAUUCCAAAUUUUUAAAUCAUUUUACCAGUAAAGAAUGUACUUCUAGUAAUGAUCUCAGCAUAAGAUGCUACUAUCCUACCGAAAGUACAUUUCCUCCAUUGGUUCAACAGGAUAAUCAGUUCUGCAAUGGUACCUCAGUAAAUUCUCUAGAACGGAACAGUUUCAGCAAUGCUCAUUCUAGACCUCCAGAUUUUGAUCCUCAACAUGUAGAACCUCCUCUGAAAGCUGAAUCUCAUGGUUACAAUUCACAACCUCUUUCACCUAAACCAAUAGAAGCAAUAGCAGAGGAAGAACAGUGUUAUACAGAUUUGAGUUCUGUAGUUCCUGGGACCAAGAUGGAUUUGUAUCAUGGAUUACUGAGCUCCAAAGUUCAAGAUGUCACUGCCAUAAAACCAGUUAAUCUGGAAUCAGAAAAAGUUUAUAGUACUUUGGUGGAAAAUUGUCCCCUUUCUAUUGGAAGAGAGUCACAGAAAUGUUCCAUUUCCCAGCGUGUUGAAAAUGAGAGAAGUGACGAACCUGGAGAGAAUUUAGGAGAGAUUAUUAAGAAAACAAUCGUGGAAACAGUCUCAGCAUGAUGGUGACUUGUAUUAGAAUUAAUCUUUUUUAAGUUAAAGGAAUGGCAUUUUCCUACCUUUAUUUAUGUUAAUGUUUUAAAAAGCUUCAUGACUUGAUGUUUCAUGUCAAAUCACAUAGCAGUUUGUCUUCAUUGAAAGUAAUAAGUACCUAGACAACAAGAAUAAAAUUUUGUACCCAAGUCUUAUAAUGUAAAAUCCAAUGUUUGUUGUUUCACAUUUUACUCUUGCUGUCAAGGUACUAUUUGCUACCAUUACUGAACAUAACUGACUAUCUAUGACAAGGUAUCCUGUUUUCCUCCCUUGUAAACACACUUGCAUUUUGCAUCAUCAAAAGUAAUUCAAAUUUUUUUCUUUAUUAAUGGCUAUCAUUCAGCCAACUUUCUGUAUUUUUAUUACUAAAUUUAAUUUAGAAUGUCUUUUUUCAUGUUUCAGUUGAUUUAAUUAUUUUAAAAAUCAGAAAAUGAUUUAUUUGCUUUUUUUUUUUAAAGCCAUACGAAGAUUCGAUUUUUGUUUUAAUUUGAGAAGGUUGUUGCAUACAAUAUGUAUUCUUCUUUUCCCAUUCAUUACCAUUUUAAAUGGAAAAAUAUUUUUUUUUAAAACUCAUCUGCAAUUAAGUUAUCAUGUAUUCAUAUAUUUAUUAUCAUCAUCAUCAAGUAAUUUAUUUUUACAAUGUGAAACAAUUGUACUAUCCCCAUUUUCACUUACAAUUCUCAAGUGUGUAUUUAUUUUAGCGAUUUACACAGUUUGCAGAAUGCAACUAUAUGUAUUAAAAUACAGGGCAAUGUAUUCAAUAUUGUAUGUAAUAUUAAUUUUUGUUUCAGAUAUUUAGAAUGAACUCAUGAAAACAAAUCUUUUACUUAGAAAGUCAAGCAGUAUGGGAAUAUAUUUAAGAGGAAUUAUUAAUUCUAAAUAUAUAAAUUGAUUUAAAAAAAUCUAUAUAUUUAAUGAUUCAAAAUUACAAAUUACAUUCAUUUUUUUGUAUUUGAAAUAAUAUCUUAUUUGAUGUUACAUAUGGUUUUACUUUGAUUUCCUUAAAGCAAUUUUAACCAAAACUAGAUAAAAAAUUUUUUUCACUAAAUGUUGACAAACUAGCAACAUUUGAAAUACCAAUUCUGCUCUUUUGAUGAAGUGUGUAUUAAAACUACCCAAUUCUUUCAAUUCUGUUGAUUAAUAUCAAGCUUUAUUUAAAAUCUUUCUCGCUGUAUACAGCUCAAAACUGUUCAUAUAUAUAAAGGCUAUCAAAUACAGUUAAUUUCUUUUGGAUCUUAUUGUUUAAUCUAAAGUAAACUAUUUUUGUUGGAUUUGUUUGGAAACCAAUCCUACAAAUUAUGAUCUAUAUCACUUUCUAUAAUUUAAUUUUGGUAGAGAUAAAUAAGGACAAAGUUUUGAAUAAAGUGAUAUUCAAGUACUUUUUAUAUAGUGAUGAUUUGAUAGAUAUUUCUUUUCUUUCUAGAUUUUUUACAAAUUUGAAUUUUAUUCAUGCAGCCAUUGUGAUAUUUUAAACAUAUUUUCUAAGAAUUGGUUUUAAUUGUUUCAAAGAUUUCUAACUUGUUUCUUAUUUAUUCAUUUUCAUACUAAGAAGCACCCCCCCCCUGGCUGUUAAUGUAACUCUAAACAGUUACUUAAAAAAAAAAAAAAUGGUAUGAUUUGGAAACUGUACUGUAAAAUUAAAUGGAAUAUUUCAUAUUGUUUAUUCCUUUGAUUUUAUGAUCAGGCUUUACUAAAUGUUCUUUGAGAAGUAUUUAAUAUAUUUUAAUCAAAUAUUUCUUCAUUUUUACUGUUGAAAGAAAUGGGCUUUUUCAUGGAUUAUUGAACAAUUAUAAAUUAAUGAAAAACCUAAACUAUAAAUAGAAGCUCUAUACGGGUUGAACUGCAGAUUGCUGUAAUUUUUAGUGAAAACAUAUGUGGAAGAUUUUUAAAACUUGUAUUUAUGCAAUGAUUAUCUAGACAUGUGUUCAGGUUAAACUAUAUAAUAGCAAUUUUUAAAAAAUUAUUAUUUCUCGAAGUAGGCAAGUAAUAUUGAUAAAGAGAGAAAUUGUGGUUUCUUGUAUAUUAACCCCUCUAUCAAAAAUUCUUUAUAAAUGAAAAAUAUUUCUAAGAAGUUUUUGUACAAUCAAUGUACAACUUCUAAGAGCAUGGUUUAGUAAACUUAUGUGUAACUCAGGGUUCUAAUUAUCAAGGAAAUAAAGAUAUUUACAAUCUGCUUCAUAAAUUAAUUUCACUUACUGGUUAAUAAAUAUUGUACUUUAAAAAAUAGCUUUAUUUGCUCCGUGACGUCUUAAUUCUGUGUCAUUUGUUGACGACAACUUUUGUUAUGUAUUAUCAGAAUAAAUAAGGUUAUUGCACAUGAAUUUAACAUUCUAUUAUUUACUGGUUUUUGAAUAUAAUUUCUUUGAUCUGCUAUUGAUAGCUUUUAACAUGCUCAUAGUUGUUUGUAAAUCAUGGACCAUUUUAUUAUAUUAAAUUUAUUAAGAAUUGGUGUGAAAAUAAUUGAAAAUUAAACAAUGUAUUUUUUUGUCUCUAUAUAUUUGAUAUUGAAUUAAGUUUUAUAUAUUUUGAUAUAAUUUUUAUUUGAGAAAUUAUAUGUUUUUAUUAUUUUUAAGUCUUUUCUAUAU